GCAGCCGUGGACUGGCUCUGAGGGCGGCGGCCUCUUACCUCGCGGCGCUGCAGGCUUGGACCCGGCUGGCGCAUGCCUGUCUCCGGCCGGACUGUGAGGCGGGAGGCUGCGGGCGCGCAGCGGCGGAGAGCCGGGGUAGCCGGAGAGCAGCCGGGAGCCCCACGGGGAGGCUGGACAACCCGGGCUCGGCCGAGGGCGCUGCCCCGCAGCCGUCGGGCAUUAUGGCAUCGCUGGCCGACCGGGUCCGGGGCAACGGGCGCAUCGCCGCCGGGCUCCUGUUCAACCUGCUGGUGUCCAUCUGCAUCGUGUUCCUUAACAAAUGGAUCUAUGUACACCACGGCUUCCCCAACAUGAGCCUGACCCUCGUGCACUUCGUGGUCACCUGGCUGGGCUUGUACGUCUGCCAGAAACUGGACAUCUUUGCCCCCAAGAGUCUGCCGCUCUCCAAGCUCCUCCUCCUGGCCCUCAGCUUCUGUGGCUUUGUGGUCUUCACCAACCUUUCUCUGCAGAACAACACCAUAGGCACCUAUCAGCUGGCCAAGGCCAUGACGACGCCGGUGAUCAUAGCCAUCCAGACCUUCUGGUACCAGAAACGAUUCUCCAUCAGAAUACAGCUCACGCUGAUUCCUAUUACUGUAGGUGUAAUCCUAAAUUCUUAUUACGAUGUGAAGUUUCAUUCCCUUGGAAUGGUGUUUGCCGCUCUUGGUGUGGUAGUCACAUCCCUUUAUCAAGUGGUUGUGGGUCGGAGCAAGCAGCAUGAACUGCAGGUGAACUCCAUGCAGCUGCUUUACUACCAGGCCCCCAUGUCUUCGGCCAUGCUGCUUGUGGCCGUGCCCUGCUUUGAGCCCGUGUUUGCAGAGGGAGGAAUAUUUGGUCCCUGGUCAGUUUCUGCUUUGCUCAUGGUGCUGCUGUCUGGAGUAAUCGCUUUCAUGGUGAACUUAUCGAUUUACUGGAUCAUUGGCAACACGUCACCAGUCACCUACAACAUGUUCGGACACUUCAAGUUCUGCAUCACCCUGUGCGGAGGAUACAUCUUAUUUAAAGAUCCACUGUCGGUAAACCAAGGGCUCGGCAUCCUGUGCACAUUGUUUGGUAUCCUCGCCUAUACCCACUUUAAACUCAGCGAACAGGAAGGCAGUAAGAGUAAGCUGGUCCAGCGGCCCUGAGCUUUGGCGGAGAAGAGAAAAUGGCACCAAAAGGAGGAGAAACAGCAGUGCGUGGAAAGCUCCCUGCAGAAUUCAGUCAUUGAUGUACAAGAAGUAUUUUCUUCACAGAUAAUGAGUUUUUAGUACCUUUUAUAGAUUUAACUUUUUUUUAAAACCAAAAUGGUUCAGGCUUAUCUUUAAAGGCUUUAUGAACCUGGAGCUGACACUCAGUGGUCGAGUGUUUGCCUCACACGCAUGAGACCCUGGCCUCAAACCCCAGCACCGUCAAGGAAAUGCUCAAGUACAGGAAAGCUCGGUUCCCCUGGAAUGACUUGGACGCUCCUGUGCUGCAGCUGUGCUGUGGCAGUCGGUGUCCGUGACCUCCCGGGGAAGGGCACGCCAAACUACCGCUGCCUCACCCAUGCCUUCCCAUCGGGAAGUUCUUCGUCCUUCAGACAGGGUAGUGGUCAUAGUUGUUUUGAGACUGGAUCUCACUGUGUCGCCCUGACUGGUCUGGAAUUCCCUACACAGACCAAACUGGCUUUUAACUCUACCACUACGUCUAGCCUCUAGCUUCUUUAUUAUUUCAGCCUAGAACUGAAAUAUUUAUAGAAAGCAAGCUGUCAUGGACAUGAUCAUAAAACAAGCUAUGACUCUGAAA